UCUUCCUCGCACUCGCCAUCCUCCCAAGCUUCACUCUCUAACUAUAUGGCACGAGGCCUUCAAGAUUGGGUACAAGAUGAUUUACACGAUGAGACGUAUUCUCAGAGUUCUUCCCAUUCAGGGUCUUAUUCCAACCUCAACUACAUAGCUGUUGAUGAGCACAGCUCCCAGUCUCCUGCUAUGAGCAGAACUCACAACUUGACGAGGUUUUGCCCAGAAGAAAGCUCUCAUCUACAGUCAGGACAAGCCAACGUGUAUGCAGCUUCCAGCUCAACUAACAGAAGAUUGGCUUCAGACAACCGCACACUUACAAGGAACCGAUCAUUUGUAGACGUGCAGAGACAGUUACUACACCGGUCGCCAGGGGAAGAGGCUAGAAAGAAAAGAUUGUUCAAAACUGUUGGAGACGUAGAAACAGUUGGGUUUCAGUCACCUUAUGCGGUUUCACGGAAGCCACCGAGCUCAAGGCGCUAAGCUUCUCCUGUAUUUUAAUUACUGUAAAUCUAUUCAUGUAAUAUCUAAGACUGUGAGAAACAAGUUUGCUGGUUCAAAAAUGUAAAAAGUACAUUGUGAUUUAAUAAAGUUUGUGCAGAGGCUGCGUUUUGGUUA